AGUUAAAUAAUAAAUGAACAAAGUUUGUUUACAGUAAAAAUAUUAAUAAAAUGUAAAUUUUAUUCAUUUACAAAACAAAUAUGAGAGCCAAGAGCCGCUCGAUUUUUGCGGCUCCGGCUCCAGCUUCACCAAAAAGCAGCGGCUCCCCGACUCCACGGCUCCGGCUUGGCUCCACAAGCCUGGUGAUGAAGAAAUGUAGUUUUGCAAUAGUUGCACUUCUUGAUGAAAAUGAUGAUGUUGCAGUUGGACCAAGUGCUUGGCUGAUUGAUAAAGAAAUAUGUUAUUGGCCUCGAUAUACUAACCAGCAAAGAAACGACAACGAUGUCGAGGAGGAGAAAAUUCCGACUGAAAAAUGGAGAAAGCGUUCAGUCAGAAUAUUAAGGAUGAAAGAUAAUGCUCUUAUAUUUUAACUUGAAAGACAAUGAUAUGAGCACAAUUCAAAACAGUUUUUAAUUUUAAUAAAAAUAACUCGUUUUUUUAUGAAAGGAUUUAAAUUUUUUUUUUAAGUUUUCUCUUAUAUGAGUAAUAAAAUAUAAUUCUGCUUUUUAAAUGUCUUUUUAACUGUGUUAUUUAGGGCUGCCUCUAACUCGUUUCACAAAUUUAAACAGAGUUAAUUUAAAAAUUGGUUUUUUUAUUUUGUGUAAAUAGUUAUUUUACCAUAUUUAGAUUCUUAUAAAAGGGCUAUUGCCUUACUAAUGCUACUGUCACUUAAGAUUUCCAGAGUGAUACCGAAUAUCAAAGAUUGCGAUCCAAACGGUAAGCUAUAAUAGUUCUUUAGAUUUAUACAUCAGUUUUGUACACAGAAUAUUUAUAAUCUGAAAUAUUUUGUUUCGCUUUAUGCACAGCAUAGUGCCAUGAAUCGUUGCAGCAGUAAUUAUUCCUCUACAUACAGUUUGCUAGUUUAAAUAAAUAUACUUGUUUGUAGUUAGCAAUCAGGCUUAAAAUUUUACCGAGGGCGGGUUUGAUAACACAUAAACAAUGCUAAUUUAUGACCGGGACUGCUUAAAUGUUAAUGCAUCUUAAAAUUUUAUUUAAGAUUACGUUUUUUAUAUAUUUAAAUAAAAUUCAUUUUAUAUUUGUUUUUUUUUUAAUGUUUUAUUUUAUACGAUCGCAUAAUCAUCGUCAU